AUGCCUAUGUCAGCUUGGCGCUCUACCGUUGGGCCUUGUGGCCUUCCACGUGUUGCGCUUCCGCUCUUGGUCCUCCUGGGCAUAUGCCACGCUCACGGAGAGGGCUGCUCAGGGGAAGCUUGUGCUGCAUCCGCUCCGUCACUUCUGGCGUUGAAGGCUGAGACGAAUUCGGCCAACACUCUGGACAUGACCGAGGAUGCGAACGGCACUAUGGAGGACAUCUCAGAGAAUGUGGCGGCCUCGACCACCAAGGAUACCAGCGGUGUCUUCCUGGCUGCAAGCAUGGAGUUCAUCUUUAAAAAGCUGGCGCAGCUCGAGACCGUUGUCGAACUUCAGCAGGGGGAGAUCCAGGAGUUGAGGGCUUGCGGCUGCACCCAAAAGAACGCCAGUGCCACGGAGGCGGUGAAGGAGGAUGCCAAAGCGCCAAAAGCCAAUCGAGCACAGAAGGUUUUGGAGACGGUCCUGCGCAAGCAUGAGCGCCAGAUGGAAGACCGCAAGUUCGUGACGGCAUCCAAAGUCUCCUCCAAGCCCCAAAGCCCAAAGCUGGAGGAGGAGAUAGCCCAGUCCGGACGCGCCAAGGAGACCUCCUUGGCUGAGGCUCACCCGGAUCCCUUCCCGUCAGACUCUGUGGCUUUCGCCGCAAUCGGCUCUGCGGAGAUGGCCGUCGAUCUUCUGAGCCGGUUCAAUGUCGGAUGGUCUCACGGUUGCGGGAAAGACGAUCCCCAGCUCACAGUCACCAAAGAGGAGAUCAAGGUGAAGAUUGGAAAAUUGUGGUGCUGGCUCGAGAUCGCCGGCAGUCGGAAGACCAUCUUCGACUGGAAUUUUCCCGAGGUCAAGCAGCCGUUUCCUGAGCCGAUCAAGACGCUGGUAACGCUUGGCGCAAACCUUUUGAGUUGCAAAGGCGACGCUGGUGAGGUCCUUGCUUGCCUGGGCAAAACUCUCAUUGAGAAAGUCCCGCCGCUGAACUUCUUGACCCGCAUAGACAGCUUGGUGUCGGAAUUCAUCGAGACCUUUGCAAGGAUUGCUUCAUCUGCGGUGCAGACAGUUGCGAAGCAAAGCCACUCUUUGCUCCAGCAGGCUGUGACCUCCGACUUCCCUGCCGUGGGUGCUGCACCUGUUCUGCACCACUCGGACAAGAAUCUCGUGAUCCGCACCCACACACGGCAUGCGCCACGGCAUGCACCUGGACCGAAGCCCCAAAUGUCGGCGCUGCAAGAGAGCGGCCCUGACACUGACGCUCCAGCAAAGCCGACAGAGAAGGGAGUGAUCUCCUUCGGUUUCGGCCAAAGCGACAAGAGCUACCGUUCGAAGCUCGUCACGCAGUUCGGCGGAGUCGAGAUGGACACAGAGUCGUGCUUGGCUUUCGCACCCAAGAGCAAGUCCGGCAACAACAAUCAGUCUACGAGGUUAGACUGGCAGCGGCCUACAACAGGCAGCCCUUUCCUUGAGCUUGAACCGUGGGCAGUGCCCUGCAGCCCUACAUUUCUGAGACAGAACUGGGACAAGUGGCAGGGCUACUCCGUCUACGGUUGGGAUUUACCUGUUGAGAAAUGUGCCGUUGUCAGCUUUACCUUCGCAACACAACCGGUACUUGCCUUCGGAGGAGGUCUCGAAUUCGAUUUUCUCUCGAAGUUAUUCACGCUGAGCAUCUCGGUUUGCUGGCCUGAUUUUAUGCCCGGAGGUCCGCAAUUGGGCUCCAUUACUCUGGAGGUUCGAUUCUUCAACCAGUUGAUUAUGAGCAUGACCUGGCGGUUGGUCACUCGGUUUGGGAACUCCGACCCCCACUUCCAUUUCACUGCCGCCCCCGCUGGAGUAGCACAGGGUCGUCCCCGCAAUGGCCUUAUGUACAACGCCCGAGGCCUGCUGCCAAUGAAUUCGUUGCAGGCGCAGCAGUAUAAUGCAUUACUCCAAAACCAAAGCGCCGCAGAACAGAAGCGUCAAACAGUCUCCGAGGACGACGCAGAAUGGGCCCUGGACGCUGCAGACCUCUACCUGGCGUCUGCCGAGAUGGGAGAUGAUAUGCAAAGCACGCUACUGUCAGAGCACCGCGGCGAAGAGGUGUUGGAGAGGCUGAAGAGUACGCGGGGUAUGAGCGCCUUGCAGGAGAAUGCCAGUACUGCGUCUGGGGCAAACUACCGCCAGCUCUUCAGGUUCAAGAACUCUGGACUGGUGGGCUUUGAUAUCCAAGGAGUCCUCGAGGACAGCAAAUUGGACUUUAUCAUGUCCCUUGAGUUUGGUGAGUUUGGCUCGCACUCGAAGAGGUUUCGACUUUUCGACAUCGCUGAGCAGACAGGGGCCAUUCUGAGCGCCAUGCCUUUUAUCCCAGCCAGCAGCAGACAGAAGGCCAUCGAGACCCUGGGCAAUCUAACGGGCGGCAAUGUCAUAAGGGCGGUGCCCCCCCCAGUGCUGAGGCCCGGCUCCAGCGUCGCCCUGAAGAACAACUUCCACAGCCGCUAUGUCCGAUUAAACUCCGGCAGUGUGGACUCCGCUACAAACACCCAGCAAAAUGCAAACGACUUGACUUGGGAGCGCUUCACGGUCAUAGAUGCCGGGAAUGGGCAGGUUGCCUUGCACAACACAGCGUGGAACCGCUUCCUGAGGAUGUCACCUACCACGGUGGAUGCGAGUCCCGUCAGGUCAGCCGACGAGUUGACUGCUGACUGGACUUAUGAACGCUUCCGAGUUGUCGAGCUUGCCAACAAUGAGAUCGCAUUGCACAGUACCGCCCACAACCGCUUCCUCUCAGUGGGUGCGGGAACCGUCCUCCGGAGCGAAUCGAUGGCUUGGAACCAGCUGCCGACCAAUUGGCAGUGGGAGCGUCUCAGCGUGGUGCAGCUGAAGUCCCUGCAGCCUGGUGACAUCGUGGCCCUGCACAAUGCCCAAGUCGGAAGGUUCUUGAGCAUGCAACCACUGCCGGAUAUGGGAUACAGCAGCCCUGCGGCAGCAACCAGCCUCCCUUCCAACUGGAAUCAUGAGCGAUUCAGAGUGGUGGACACCGGGAACGGCACAAUCGCACUCCACUGCGCCACCUUCAACCGCUUCGUGAAGAUGUGGGGUGACGACAUGACUGCCAGCCCUAUGAAAGAUGCUAGUGCUCUGCCAAGCGAUUGGAAGAGCGAACGCUUUACCGUCAUGUACUGGCCACACACCGGCGGAGAAGAUAUCGCUUUGCACAACGCAUUGAGCAACCGCUUCGUCCGCAUGACAGCCAACGGCGUGGACACCAGCGUGCAGAUGGACUUGCAGCAGCAGCCGACGGAUGCCCAGCUCAGGUUCAAGGUCUUGAAACUCCCAUCUGACCUCACCGCAGCAAGUGAUGCAGCAUACUCCAUGGAACUCAACUGA